AUGAAGUUCUUCUCUGUUAUUUUCGCCCUUGUCUCGGCCUCUGUUGCCAUGGCUAGUGCUCUCCCCGAGCUCGACAUCCCCGGGAAGCUUGUUACACGAGCUGAGUUUGAGCUUGCCAAGCGCCAGGCUGGAUGUUCUGCCUGUGUUCAGGGCAUCCGAUGCUGCAAUGGUGCCUGCAUCCGAGGCUGCUAG